GUGCUGGCGUUUUUGCCAUGUGCAGAUCACGUGUGAAUUCAGUUCAAGGGUACUUUUUGGCAGGAAGGUUUAUGACCUGGAUUCCGGUUGGUGCCUCCCUAUUUGCUAGUAAUAUCGGCAGCGAACAUUUCAUUGGUCUUGCUGGCUCUGGCGCUGCCAAAGGUAUUUCUGUUGGAGCCUUCGAAUUUAACGCCGCUAUUCUACUUCAACUGCUCGGGUGGGUUUUCCUGCCCGUUUACAUAUCGAGCGGUGUAUUUACCCUUCCAGAUUACAUGAAAAAACGAUUUGGCGGAUCACGCAUACAAAUAUACCUCACUAUUUUGUCACUUCUGUUAUAUAUUUUUACAAAAAUUUCAGUAAAUUUGUAUUCCGGGUCAUUAUUUAUUAAUGAAGCUCUUGGGUGGAAUAUUUGGUUGUCUAUUUUGUUUAUACUUACCAUGACCACCCUGAUUACGAUCACAGGGGGCCUUGCUGCUGUACUCUACACUGACUUAGUACAAACCUGCGUCAUGUUAUUUGGGGCUAUCUUGCUCACUGCAAUUGGGUUCAACAAAAUUGGAGGCUUUAGUGGCCUGUUGACAUAUUAUGGACAGGCGACUAGCCCAAUCGAUUUAAACACGUCCUCUGCCGAAGUUUUUAUCAUGAACAUGCAUGAUGUAGCUGUCUCACAGUUUUCAGCAGGGACCUUGCCAACCGUUGAUUCCUUGGCUAGCUCGCAAAAUAUCUCUUCCAACUUAACAUGCAAACUUCCCUCUUCCAACGCAUUUGUGAUGCUGCGCGACAUUUCUGAUUCAGAAAUGCCUUGGCUUGGCUACAUUCUUGGCCAAACACCAGCCUCUAUUUGGUAUUGGUGCGCUGACCAGAUGAUGGUACAGCGUGUUCUUGCGGCAAAGAGUCUCUCCCACGCACAAGGUGCAACGCUGAUGGCCGGUUUUAUCAAAAUCUUUCCUCUUUUCAUCAUUGUCUUGCCCGGUAUGAUCAGUCGAAUUCUCUACCCCGAUACUAUUGGAUGCGGCACUGCAGAAGAGUGCUUGGAAAUUUGUGGGAAUCGUCACGGUUGCAGCGACUGGGCCUACCCAAAACUCGUUAUGGGUGUAAUGCCCGACGGUCAGUGA